AUGGCCGCGAAAAAGAACAACAAUAAGCAAGGCAACGCGCCUCUUUCGAAAGCACAAGAAGAGGAAAUGAGUUCGGCACUCAUUGCACGAUUACUCGCCGAAGAUGCAAUGUCAACCGGUGGAAACAACGAUUAUUAUGCCGAAUACAGCAACGAUGCGGGUGCUUAUGAACAACAGUAUCAUGCUCGUGGAGAAGACGACAACGACGACAAUUAUGAGGAUGAUAGUGGGGACGAUAGCUAUGCUCCCAAAAAGAAAAAGAGUCGCGCAAAGGCGAAAACAUCACCUGGACCUGCGCGACGUGGACGUAAAAGAAAGGCAACAGAAUCGGAAAGUGAUCUGGCAGCAGCAGCAGCAACAACAACAGGAAACGAAAAGGAUGCAGAUGGAGCAACGACAACCGUAACGGCUGAAACACAAAAGAUAACGGCCGAGAAUCAAGUGCCUGCUAAGAAGCCAAGAAAGCCUGUGCCUGAAGGAUGCAAUACUGGUGUUUACUCUGAAGAAGAAGAAGCAAGGUUUUUGGAAGGGUUGGAGAACUUUGGUCGAGAUUGGCCCAAGAUGGCAGCUCACAUACGAACAAGAGACUCAAACUCUAUUCGAAGCCACGCACAAAAACAUUUUAUAAAGAUGUAUCGAGAUAACAUUCCUUUACCAGAUAAGGUGCGCGAAAGCGGAGAAGGCUAUACAUUAUCAGGCAAACCUCUCGAUCCCAAUUCCUCUGCUGCAAAAGCUUAUCUCGGCCGAUCCAACUCCAAUCAGAAGCCACAACAGAAUGGCACUGCAAAAGAUGAAACCAAGAAAGCUCCAUCAAAACCACAGCCUCAACCAUCCCAAGAGCAACCACAAACAACACAAGAACUGCAGCAACAUGAGCAGCAACAAACCCAACAGCCAAAGGAACAGAAGUCCCAACAGGAACAAAUUCCAUCUUGUGCAUCUGAUCCAGCCACACCAGCAGCUCAAGCAUCCACCGUACCAGGCCUUGCUGUAGGCGAACGUAGCAAAUCAGCGUCUCCUCCUACUACCCAACGAAAAGCACCUCGUAAGGAUGGCCACGCAAAGCCUCGCAGUGCCACUCCUGAACAACUGGCUUCUGCCUAUGACGAAAAUGGGCGAACAAACUAUUCAAAGUUACGGCUGCGUCGAACACGUGAGCGACCAUCAAUUAUGUACAGCCAGCUGAACAAAGAUGAUGACCCGCUUACCAUGAUCAAAUGUGAGCCAUUCAAUGGCAAGCCUGGUUCAAACAUGAGUGGUUGUCAACCAUUUGAACUCCAAGUGCAUUCAAACGUUCUUCUCGAAAUGGAUUUCCACGCUCACCUGAUGACGACAGAAAUCAUUGGCUUCCUGGCAGGAGAAUGGGACAAGGUUCAGAAAAAGAUGUGUAUCAAGGAAGCCUUCCCAUGUCGCUCACUUAACACGGGGCAAAACGAUGUGAAUGUUGAGAUGGAUCCCACCAGCGCCAUUGAAACGCGACAACUGAUUGAAGAGAAAAACAUGACUGUUGUAGGCUGGUACCAUUCUCAUCCAACAUUUAUUCCUGACCCAAGUAUUGUGGAUCUGGAGAACCAGCGCAACUACCAAGUUCUUUGCCGAGAAAAAUGCAACCAAGAGCCAGAAAAAAGCAUCGAGCCGUUUGUAGGCGCGAUUGUUGGACCGUACGACCCGCGAUUGCCCGGGUCAGCGUCGGUGAUUAAUUGGUUCUAUGUCGGUGACAGUAACGAUGAUCGCAAGAUCCCCAAACGCCUCAUCUACGAAUUACAGAAUGAUCAGUCAAUUUCGUCGGAAAAUGCAGACCGCCUCAUUAACCUACUAGACGUAUACAAAGAUUCGCCCGAAAAAGUCGAUUUUACAGAUCAUUGGCGACAAGACGUGCAUGAGAGCAAGCUGGAGAAACUGAUCAAGAGUCUGGGCGUGCGUAUGCCAUGGAUGGAACGCAGUAAUGACCAAGAAGCGCAAGCACCGGUGGAUUCUUUUUUGACAAGAAUACGAGAAAGCCUGAAAGGCUGGUGA